AUGAUGAUCACUACCAGUCAGGAACAAACCAACGAUGGUCCCACCGACCAGCCAGCUAAUGACGGGCAGUCGUCUCCACCCGCAGAUCAAUUGUCGUUGCUUGAAUUACCCGCUGAGAUCAUCCAAGACAUUGCAUCUUAUCUCUCGGCUCCAGAUCUCGCUCGCCUCGGCGCCACUUGCCGGGCCCUCGUCGAUCAUGCAUCGAAUGACUUGCUAUGGGCUAACCUGGUGAACGAGAGACUACCUACUCCUAUCCGGGACCCAGCUCGAUAUGAUAAUCGCUGUGGUGUGAUUGAAGCAUACCGUGUCGUUGCAGGACGUGGCACCCCUCAGUUUCAAUUAUGGACCUCACACCCAGAAGUCAUGAUUCAGUCUUUUGAACCCAGUGUACGGCUGGCGUUAGAUGAUCCUGUCUUAUUUCUCAAUGACCCAAAUCCGACCUCCCAAACAGCCCCAAACCAAUCCUUUCAGUCAAUGCCAGAGGAGCGACGCAUGCCCAUGGCUUCAGAUUCCCCGCUAUCGCUUUGCUCUGAAUCUAGCACUCCAGGCCCUUGGGUUGAACCCGAUGCCAUUUGGCCACCACGAACCAUCCCGAGUAAUACACGCACAGUUCGUGAUCUGAGGGACUCACCCCCGCCAAGACCGAAACGCUUGUGGGAGCUGUCCGAAUCGUUCUUUCGUAUUAGGAAAUGGCUUGACCCAGGGUUUAUGUUUCUCGCCGAGAGACCCUACCAGGGAAUUUGGGUCGGAGACUACUCAGCCCAUGGAUGUGAAUUUCUGCUUGUUCUGCAGAAGGGGAUGGAGGCCGAAGCACACAGCGAUGAAAAAAAGUCGAAGAUAACCGACGCCCAGGAGGAUAUUGGACAGCGAGGCUCGUUGCAAGCUGUCAAGCUGACAGGUGACCCCAAUUGUCGGGAUGAGGAGGAGCCUUUUGUCGGCGCCCGGAUUGUGCGUUGCCGUGGCCAUGUAGCUGGACUUGGGUUCCGUGACGACACCUACAUUGACUCCCAGCUGAUCCUUAUUUCUCCUGACCACAUGGCUCACUACUGGAAGGAAAUGGGCCAUGUCUCGUAUUUCCGCCGUGUGGACAUUGACGCUCUACUACAUAGUUCAUAG